AUGCUGUUGAUUUAUGCUAGUAUUCAUCAUGUUCAUUUAACAUCAGUUUUACAAUCGACACAACAUCAUGUUUCAGCUCGUGAAAAAUAUCAUCGUUCAUUAGUCAUUCAAUUUUUCUGUUUUUAUUUUAUUUGGGGUAUACUUUUGUCACCAUAUGUUAUUAUUUUUCAAGUGUCAUUUCGUCAGCAGAAUGUGAUCAAUGUCGUUACGCUACUUAGUCUUGUGGAAAUAGCAUGUGAUCCAAUAAUUGUUGCAGCAUUAGAUAUUCGUUUUUGGCGUCAAUGGCGAAAACUCGGAGUUCAUCUAAAGAAUACUAUAUUCAUCGAUCGACGCAAUCGUAGACGAAUUCAACCGUCAAUAGUGAAUCUCAAUUGA